AUGGCCGUGCCAAUAAGAGGGUGGACUCAUAAUGAUGGCGUAUUUGACGUAGCUCUCCAUGUCCAUGUCCAGGCCUAUAGUAAUGGGAGAGUCACCUGGAUGCCCCCUGCCCUCUACUGCAGCUCCUGUGGGGUCAAGGUGACGUACUUCCCCUUCGACUGGCAGAACUGCACCAUGGUGUUCCACUCCUACACCUACGACGCCUCAGAGAUCGACCUGCAGCUCGCUCUGGACUCCAAGGGCAACGAGAUCAAGGAGAUGCUGUAUGACGGGGGUUACAGUGAGAGCGGCGAGUGGUACAUUCGUCACCAGCCCAGCAGGAAGAACGUGCGCGACGACCUGUACGAGGACAUCACCUUCUACCUGAUCAUCGAGAGGAAGCCCCUCUACUACGUCUUCAACAUCAUCAUCCCCUGCAUCCUCAUCACCAUCAUCGCCAUCUUCAACUUCUACCUGCCCCCCGACGCAGGGGAGAAGAUGGGUCUGUCCAUCAACGUCCUCCUCACCCUCACCGUGUUCCUGCUGCUGCUGGCGGACAAGGUCCCCGAGACCUCCCUGGGGGUGCCCAUCAUCGUCAACUACCUCAUGUUCACCAUGAUCCUGGUCACCUGCUCCGUCAUCCUCAGCGUGGUGGUCCUCAACCUGCACCACCGCUCCCCCAGCACCCACAUCAUGCCCCACUGGGUCCGCAAGAUUUUCCUCCACCUGUUGCCCCCCUACCUGGGCAUGCUGCGGCCCAAGGUGGAGCCCCCCCUGUCCCUGGAGAAGCCCCUCCACAGGGAGAACUCCAUGGCCGUCAGCCGUCGACCUGCAGCGGACGAGUACUUCAUCCGCAAACCCAACACCUCCUUCCUCUUCCCCAAGCCCAACAGGUACCAGUCGGAGGGCAUGUGUACUGACCUGAGGGAAGUUCAUCGACGGCCCAGCCACUACCUCACCCUGCCCCCUGAACUCAAGUCAGCCAUCCGGGCCAUCACAUACAUCGCUGAGCAACUGCAGGCGGAGAAGGACUUUGCGGCUUUGAGGGAGGACUGGCAGUACGUUGCCAUGGUGGUGGACCGCCUCUUCUUCUGGACCUGUAUCUUCACCACAGUGGGCACCCUGGGCAUCUUCACCAACGCCAGCUUCAACCACACUCCUACCGACCCCUUCAAAUACCCCUAACACACACCCCACAGACAUAACCCACACACACCCCACAGACAGCCCACAGACAUAGUCCACACACACCCCACAGACAGCCCAUAGACACCCCCCAAAGACACCCCCCACAGACACACCCCACAGACAGCCCACAGACACACCCCACAUGCCCUACACACACGCCCCACACACACCCCACCGACACACCCUACACAAUCACAAACUCCCUGUACGCUCAGUCUUAGUGCCGCUAAACACACGCCUUUCCACAUGCAUACACUCUCAUCUUCACUCAUGCCAGCUUCAAGCACAGCAACCCCCCCACACACACACACACACCCCUGACAGUAAUACAAAAAUUAUCAUCCUGACACUUACAACCCCAGUCUGAAUUCAUGCACAGUCUUGACAGCUUCACUGGCUGCUGUGGUGCCGAGAUGAACAGACAUAUGAUAUGAUAAUAUAAGUGUUCCCCGUGUCUGUGUGGAGUGUCCUAGAGUAGGCUGUAGCUGUGGCCGUACGGGGGGGGGUUUCAGAGGGUGUUUCACCCUGUGUUUCAGAGGGUGUUUCACCCUGUUGUGACGGCUUGUGAACACGUCAACACAGAGAGAUACAGGUGCUUUAACGUAAUGUAUGCAGUUCAGUUUUUGUUUGAGAAUGUGCAAUGUGUGUGUGUGUGUGUGUGUGUGAGUGAGUGAGUGAGUGAGUGAGUGAGUGAGUGAGUGAGUGGAAGCUAUUCUUGUGUCCCUAGUGGAGAAUAGCACGCAUAACUCAAUUCACCAGCUGCAUCAAUAGCUGGUGGAAUUCUCAUUAUAGAAGAGACCUGUUUUAUCCUGGACACACAUACACGCACAUACACACACAGAAGCACGUGCACAAACACCACACAUACACACAAAAUACACCGGCAAAGACUCACUUAUACACCUGCCCUGUUUGGCCCGUUGUUCAUUUGUUUUUGUUGUUUUUAAAUAAAGAUCUGAAGAACCAUAUCAAAGGCUA